GUUAAGUAAAGAUUCCAAAACUAACAAGUUUGUUUGUUAGUUUUGAAGUGCAUCAAGUAUAAACGCUUUCACACAAACCGAAAUACCAAUGUGUAAUGUGGUUUCCAUAAUUUUACAUUUUCAGAUUUCAUUUUCAAAAUAUAAAAUAUUCGAUCAAAGAUGUUAGAAUAUCACCUAUUACUGCUUUGUCUCUGUGUACUAAAUGUAUCAGCUGACAAAAUCCCUAAUACCGCAAUCCUUGGUACAAAUGUACAGCAGAAUACAGAUCCUUUACCAAGUGUACAUGUAGAGAAAGCGUUCGCGGAUUUCAGGAUGAUAUCUAGUAAGCAGAAGGUGAGUUCUGAUCAGCGGACUGAAGGCUUGGUUCCAAUAAAUUCAACAGGAUUAAUUUUUGGAGCAGUUAUACUUGCAGCUCUAGGAGGACUUUCCUUUGCAGCCUACUCCGCUGUUCAGAGUAGAUCAGCUGCGAUCAGUAGAUCGUACAGACCCAACUCCACCGGCAACUACAAGGGAAGAUUAAGACGUGAGGUAGAUCUAGGAUUGGAGAAAACAGAUUGGAUCCAACUCCUCUCUGCACUUAACCAUAAUAUUAUUAUAGACGUGAGGUAGAUCUAGGAUUGGAGAAAACAGAUUGGAAUCAACUCCUCUCUGCACUUAACCAUAAUAUUAUUGUAGACGUGAGGUAGAUCUAGGAUUGGAGAAAACAGAUUGGAUCCAACUCCUCUCCGCACUUAACCAUAAUAUUAUUGUAGACGUGAGGUAGAUCUAGGAUUGGAGAAAACAGAUUGGAUCCAACUCCUCUCUGCAGUUAACCAUAAUAUUAUUGUAGACGUGAGGUAGAUCUAGGAUUGGAGCAAACAGAUUGGAUCCAACUCCUCUCCGCACUUAACCAUAAUAUUAUUAUAGACGUGAGGUAGAUCUAGGAUUGGAGUAAACAGAUUGGAAUCAACUCCUCUCUGCACUUAACCAUAAUAUUAUUGUAGACGUGAGGUAGAUCUAGGAUUGGAGAAAACAGAUUGGAUCCAACUCCUCUCUGCACUUGACCUUAAUAUUGAGAAAAUCAAUGAAGGUCUCAUUUCAAGAGCGUGUGCUAAGGCCUUAAUAUGCCAAGUUGAGGAUCUUUGGAUGCUUGGAGUAAAUCCAGAAUUGAGAGACACGGUUCCUAAGUUUGGGUUGAAAUUGAGGUCAAAUCUUCAGACAUUUUGUGAGACAGAAGAAUGGUCUCUCAACUCAUGUUCUUUAACUAAACCCUAGUAUAAUAUAUAUUGAAAAAUAUUUUUGAUUUCUUAUAAUAAAUCUUUUACCAUAACACAUUAAACGUUUCCAUAUAGUAACAGAGAAAUCUUGCAUAAAAUUUAUUUAAAAAUAACAAUUAAAAUUAAAUGCUUAUCUCUCUGGAUAAUUUUUAAAUAAAUUCAAACAUUACUUAAACGUGUGUACAAGAUGUAUAAUAUGAAGGUUACCAGUUUAA